CGCCUCCCUCGCAUGCAAUAAAGAGCAGACAUUUCCAGCGCGUUGUGCGACAUGGAAAAGCCGAAUCAACAAUAAACGCGAGAGAGAGAGAGAGCGAGCGAGAGAACCUGUUGAGAGGUGUCCACCGACUGCCAUCUUCUUCGUUUUUUCCUCGUCGUCGUCGUCAUCAUCAUUGUUGUCAUUUGCAAUCAACAUCAACGCCGUCAAUCACAUUCGUGGCCACGUCCACGCGCAAAACGAGAUUUAGUCAAUCCCGCGCCGUGAAAAAAUUAGUGCGACCACUUAAAUGCACGCCAAUAUGGACUAUUUAAAUUGCAAUUACCUACGCGAGUCGUACGAGCACACCUUCAACUCGUGGAACGACUACCUGGGACUCAGCACGCUGGUCACCAAGAAGGAGAAGGUGGUGGCGACACCGGAGCCAGCCCCGCCGUCCAUCUGCGAGGCUCUUCGAGCCACCCUGGGGCUCGACCUCCCUGCCAGCUCCCCGCUGCCCGUCGCCGCAGUCAUCGGCGCGGGGCACCACGGCGCCUCGUACCCGCCGCCGCCGCACGAGCGUCGCGGGGCCCCCAUCGCCAUGCGCGGCUCCCCGCUGGGUUUGAGCGCCCUGGGACCCCCGAGCUCGGGGCUGGAGCUGCCACCCCACCGCGGCGCCGACUCGGACAGCCUGGGCAGCAGCUGCUAUUCCGAAUCUCCGCCGCACUCGAGUCCCCGCGAGGAGCUGGAGGAAGGAGGGGUCAGCGAGGACAGGGUCGCCUUCAUGGCUGAGCUCGAGGAGAGAUUCUCGGUGCUGAGCCUCUUUGGCGGCGCUGGUGGUGGAGGAGGUGGAGGAGGUGGUGGUGGUGGAGGAGGACGGAUCGGAACCAUAGGGGACCAGGAUCCUUGGUUUGUCGACUCGGAACCCGAAUCGUUCCCGUCGCCCUUCUUCGAAGCGGAGCGGAGGAACCGAAAGGUCCGUGGUAAAUGCGCGGAGCCGCCACGCGUGUGCGUCUUCUGCCGCAACAACGGCGAGGCGGAGGCGGUGUACGCGGGCCACGUGCUCAAGGCGCCCGACGGCCGCGUGCUGUGCCCGCGCCUGCGCGCCUACACGUGCCCGCUGUGCGGCGUGAACGGCGACCGGGCUCACACCAUCAAGUAUUGCCCCCUGUCCCGGGACGCUCGUGGGGACCCGCCACCACCACGCAAGCUGCGCGCAGCUGCGGCUGCUGCGGCUGCGGCGGCUGCUGCCGCUGCCGCUGUGACGGCGACCCCAACCGCCGGAGCCCCAGCACUGCAAGCGAGGCGCAGGAUUAUCUGAUGGGGAUUGGGUCAUGAUGAUGACCAGUGAUGGUUUGGGUGGGUUUGAUGAUUGGUGGUGGUAGCGUAAUGAUGAUGUUCUGUGACGACGACGACGAUGACAGCGAUGACAGUGAUGACCACGAUAACGAGUACAAAUUAUGGGGAUUUGAUACGAAAAAAAGUAGAAAUUUAAUUUUCGUGGAAAUUAAUUAACCCAAAUGCAGCGGCAAAUACUUCCCGGUAAUUAUCCAGUCCCCGUCCAUCCACCCCACACCCAUCGAAGUCCUGGUACGCUGCAUAAUAUUGUUGUUUUAAUUUGUAAAAAAAAUAUAUAAUACUUACACUAAUGUUGACUGUGGAUGCCACCACAUCAAAUAUGGAAGGCAGUUAAUAUCUGCCACGUGGAAACUGCAUUCGCGUUUUGUGAAGGGCGUGAAUGGGGGAGCUAGAGAAAUCACUUCACGAGUUGCCGUGCGAACAUGGACCAACAUGUGCCUAGUUCUGGAGUGUUUUGCCACUGAUCCUAACGCAGUAGGUCUAUUCAUAUUAUUAUUGGUACAAUCUUGUCCUUCUUUCAGAGGGACUGAUUAAUGUGCAGUAUAUCUCCAAAGGAGUACUUGGUGCAUUUCAUUAUGGCUAUUUAACAGUCGCUUAAUUUGGUUGUGGUAUUUGGUUAAUCAUAGGCUCUGGCUGGGCAUUGUGUUUGCCGUUGUUUCAUACACUAUCAUAUUAUUUUCAGUUCUGCAUUUUUUUAUAUCAGCUACUUUUUCAUUUCUCGUGAUCAAACGAUUUUGGACAAAGCACUAAAUUGACAGUACUGCUGGUCAUAUUUCAACUUAAUUUCUCAUUUUCAUUUUACCUUAUGCUGAAACGCAAACAUUGUACAUUAAUCACAUUUAAGCAAUACAUACUCACCAAUGUAUUAACAUUAUUUUGUGUGCUUUAAUAUACAACUUUAUUAAACAAGUACCAUGGUUGUGAAGCAAGGAUCCUCAUGACAGAGAGAAACGCAUGUUCAAUUGGUACACUGGGUAGGAAAGAUUGAGUAUCCCUGUCAAUCUUCGUGUCAAGGCUCGGUGGAAGGGAUAGCCCUUUCACCUGAGGGAAUAAAACAUUUCAGAGCUCAUUUCGAGGCCCACUGAUUGCCCUCGUUUAAAAUGGCACUUUCCCACAAAUUAAACAGGGGCCAAUGCACGUUGAAAAAAAAGUAUUGUUAAAUGGAUAUGACACACACGUUUAAACUAUAGUUGGGUCAAUGACUGUUCCAUUUGAAAAAGUUGCACUUUGCCCAAGCAAAGGUAGGUCUCCAUUAUCCCACACUCCAAUUUUCUGCACGUUUGGACAUAUCUUGUGGGAAAAAAACGAAUCAGCUGGUUAAGCAAUUUCUAUAUUCCAUCUCAGCAUGGUUUCAAGUAUCAGGCAUAGCAUAAUACAGUUUUUUCUUACCAUGUUCUCUUCACAUUCAGUCAAAUAUCAUGAGUUGUGCAACCUUAAUUGGUAGAGGUGGAUCGGGGUGGGGCCUGGAGGGUGAUUUCACUCACUGCUUGAAAUCUUGUUUCUGCCCUUGUCCCCUGUCCCCUAAUACCAACCAAAAAGCCCCAUGUGUCUGCCCCUUAUUUUGUAUCUUGCUGGCACUUAUUCAAAACAUUCCAACUCCAAAACUAGGUAAAACAAAGUCAAUUUCAGACACAAGUCAAUAUUUGACGCAUUUUAUUAGAUGCCAAUUCGAUUGGAUAACUACUAGAAAUUCAGUGUUUAUAUGUAAAGGGCAUUACACAACAUUUGUUCUCCUAAAAGGGAACAUUUUGUGUUCAAAAUGGUCAAUAACAGGGGAAUUACUCUUGCUGCUUUAUAUACAUUAUAGUCACGGAAGUAGUCACAAUACAAUUGUCUCCUAAAUAUAUUGUUGAUUACUGAACAAACGUCAUCUACUUUAAAGUUAUGAGAUGUAAUUGUGCUGUUAGAAUUAAGGUCACAAAAGACCACACACUGCACUUGACAAUUAAAUGGAAAUUACAAUUCAGAAAUAGCGCUUAAAAGCAUUGUCUGAUCAAUAUGGAAUAAUUGUAGAAUGUUUUAUUUAAUUCUGAACACUUUUUAAAUUAGAACCUUAAAUGAUGUAGGGUUAUUUCUCUGAUUUAUAACGGUUGUAAAUUUCUUUAGCUUCUUCAUUUCCCCUAGUACGCAUAGCCUCCAUGUUGCACAAUUCCUAUUAAAAUCAGCCAAUGAAAAUUUAAUUAUGGCACAUUAAAAGUGCUGGUGAUGUUUUUUUGUAUUCCUGGCCUGGAUAAGUAUUCUGCAGUAGUUACACCUUGAUGUACCUUGUACUAUAUGUAAUAGUAAUAUUUGCUGUUUGAAAACUGUUUUACAUAUAUGGCCCGCCAGAAGGGACUGUUGUGUUAAGCUGCCCUUGUAUUUGUUUAAUACUAAUUCCUGGAUUUCUUGGUGCGUUACACUUUUAAACUUCAUACGUUAUGCAUUUUAAUGAAUUUUGUGCUGUAUCACGUUUGCUACUGAAGAAUUUGGGUUUAACUAUACCAUUAAUAUGCCAAUAGAAUGUACCUUAUUUUGCCACAAUCUAAAAUGCUCCGUUUGUAAAAUAUAAUUUUACAAUGUUUUUAACUUAAAGUGUUUAGUGAUCAAACAAAUUUGCGUAGUAUUUUGUGGGGUGCUUAUAAUUUAACCUGCAUAAAACCCCCAGUAUUACAUAUGAAAGGGAAACAAAUAUUUACUGUUAUCAAUUUAUUUUCUGAAUAUUACACAAGGUCUGCAUUUAAAUUACAAAAAAAUUGUUCCAAAUAUUGCAUAGAAGUAAAAUUGAAAGUACAUUAAAAGAAAAAAAUAACCUUUUAUAUAUAGCAUUUAUAUAUUGGAAAAUUUACAUUUUAAUGACCUACACCUUUCAAGCACUGUUUAAUUUAAAACAAAUGUACCCAUGUAGCUGGUGUCUAAAAAAAUUAAAGUGUAUUUUUGCUAAAGUACAUUGGUACGUUUGCAAACUUGAACAAGGCUGUAAAUGGCCUUGUGUUUAGAUUUAUGUACGAUCUUAAGUCCCUGAAGCACUAUGGUUUCAGUGUCGCGCAAUAGGCAUUACAAGCCCUGCUACAAAUGGGACCCAGUGUAACCCCGUUGCCUGAAGCCACAAAUUCCCCAGUGAGUUCAGCACUGUAUAUGAAAUUGUAUGCUUUUUCCAAUGAAUGUAGCAAUUUUUGUUUACUGUAUUUUUGUUAUUGACCAAAGAAUAUAUGAUAUAAAUGGUGUAUUUUGAAAUAUUUUCAUCAAUAUUGGAGGUUUGUAAAGGCCUUCUAUGCUGGUGCAAAUGAUCAGAAUAUUUUAUUAAUAAAUAAAAAAUAGAUUUCAUUGACUGAUUACUGUUACACUGCCUUUACGGAAGCUUUUUAUAGGUUUUUGAUGUUUUUGUAUGUGAUGAUUUGUAGCUGUAAUUUAAAUGUUAAAAUGCAUAAUACUAAAGUAGCCUAAAUGACAAUGUAAAUAUUUCAAAUACUGAAUGGAAUUUAAAAAAAUGUAUCUAUUUGCUGUUUAUAUUUGAGUUUAUUGAUCGGUCCAUGUUGAUUUAUUGGUAUUGCAGUAAUUAACAAAAGUAAAAGUGUGUUUUUGAUUUCAAUUGUAAAUCGCACAUUUGAGGUAUUGCCAGUGCUUUGAGUAAAAGAAUUUAGACUGCGGCGCAGAAUGUGAAAUACCUUAUACCGGCAUCUUGUAUGACGAUGAAGUACUAAAAAGUACAUAUACACUUUGCUUAAUAAACAUGUUUAUACAA